UGUACCCGGAAUUUAAUUUUGCAAAAAUCCGUUAGUGCGAAUUUUGGUGUUAAUUUCAACCGCUUAUUUACAUAUAAGGGAAUUAAUGUCGGAUGCAUGUCGAAAGCACACACAUCGGUUUUUCAUACCGCAUAGUUUUUAUUGUUUAUUAUGUUUGACCAAUGGUCGAUAAAGAUAACGGGUAUAUUUCGAUUUAGUCAUUUCGCAAACGAUAAGGAAGACGUUCAGGAUACCAAUAAGUUGUGUCAUAUUUGAAGCCAGAAUUUAUUAUGAAGGCAGACGCGAUCGUACUGACGCUGGUAUUCCUGUGUGGCGUUCUAGUUUAUACAGAAGCUUGUACCUGCAUGCCGACCCAUCCCCAGGAGCAUUAUUGUAACUCGAACUUUGUGAUCCUGGCCCGAGUGAAGCGAGAGAGGAUCCACAACCAGACGAGGUUCUAUAAGGUGCGAGUGAGGAAGCAAUACAAGAUCACGGAAAAGGGUGAAGUCGCCCUGAAGUCGGGACGCAUCAUCACCCCCCUCUACGACUCCAUGUGCGGCGUCGAACUGCAGCCUGGGAAGCUGUACGUGCUCUCGGGGAGGAUCCACAGCUUAAAGGCCCACGUCAGCUUGUGCGACAUGGCGGUGGAAUGGGAGAAGCUCACCAGGAGGCAGAGGAAAGGACUGAAGCUGUUGUACAAGCACGGGUGCACCUGCAAGAUCAACCAGUGUCGCUUCGGCAGGAAGUGUUACAGGCAGAGGGACGGUUGUAACUGGAGCAACGACUGCGAGACUAAAGAGGGAAUAUGUCUACGUCAGGCGAACAAAUCUUGUAUGUGGACGAGGAACAAGGCCUUAGCGACCUGUAACGCAAGCCAGAAAUACAAGACUUUGCUAUAUAACCUGCCAUAGGGGGAAGAGGACGCAUAGAAGACGGAUUAUUUUAUUGUAUAAAUGUAUUUAAGUUAUGUAGAGCUUUGUAAAAAGUCGCCGUAAUGUUUGGAAAACUAUCGAAAAUUCAUAUGUUGAGUGUGGGAGAAAAAUUACUUUUAUUAGUACAUUUAGAAAAAUCCAA